AGUGACUUGAUCCUGGGCCCCUCUCAGGCCCUGGCAUGGGACGGAAAGCCCAAAGAAAUGGAAUUCCUCAGAGAUGAGUCGGCCACGGGUACCAGACUGCUCUCUCUCACGUGCCGGGGUUUUGCAGGAUGAGGGCGUUCUCAAGGAGAUCUCCAUCACGCACCAUGUCAAGGCUGGCUCAGAGAAGGCCGACCCAUCCCAUUUUGAGCUCCUCAAGGUCCUGGGCCAGGGAUCCUUUGGCAAAGUCUUCCUGGUACGAAAGGUAACCCGACCUGACAGUGGGCACUUGUACGCCAUGAAGGUACUAAAGAAGGCGACGCUGAAAGUGCGUGACCGUGUUCGGACCAAAAUGGAGAGAGACAUCCUGGCUGAUGUAAACCACCCAUUUGUGGUGAAGCUGCACUACGCCUUCCAGACCGAGGGCAAGCUCUACCUAAUUCUGGACUUCCUGCGCGGCGGGGACCUCUUCACCCGGCUCUCUAAAGAGGUUAUGUUCACGGAGGAGGAUGUGAAGUUUUACCUGGCUGAGCUGGCUUUGGGCCUGGACCACCUGCACAGUCUAGGCAUCAUUUACAGAGACCUGAAGCCUGAGAACAUCCUUCUGGAUGAGGAAGGCCACAUCAAACUCACUGACUUUGGUUUGAGCAAGGAGGCCAUCGACCAUGAGAAGAAGGCCUAUUCCUUCUGCGGGACGGUGGAGUACAUGGCCCCCGAGGUCGUCAACCGCCAGGGCCAUACCCACAGUGCAGACUGGUGGUCCUAUGGGGUGUUGAUGUUUGAGAUGUUGACGGGCUCCCUGCCCUUCCAGGGGAAAGACCGGAAGGAGACUAUGACUCUGAUUCUGAAGGCGAAGCUAGGCAUGCCCCAGUUUCUAAGCACGGAAGCCCAGAGCCUCCUGCGGGCCCUGUUCAAGCGGAAUCCUGCCAACCGGCUUGGCUCCGGCCCUGAUGGGGCAGAGGAGAUCAAGCGGCAUGUCUUCUACUCCACCAUUGACUGGAAUAAGCUGUACCGGCGUGAGAUCAAGCCACCCUUCAAGCCGGCCGUGGCGCAACCUGAUGACACCUUCUACUUUGACACUGAGUUCACGUCCCGCACGCCCAAGGACUCCCCAGGCAUCCCCCCCAGUGCCGGUGCCCAUCAGCUGUUCCGCGGCUUCAGUUUCGUGGCCACUGGCCUAAUGGAGGACGAUGGCAAGCCUCGGGCCACACAGGCACCCCUGCACGCGGUGGUACAGCAAUUACAUGGGAAGAACCUGGUUUUUAGCGAUGGCUAUGUGGUGAAAGAGACGAUUGGUGUGGGCUCGUACUCGGAGUGCAAGCGCUGCGUCCACAAAGCCACCAACACGGAGUAUGCUGUCAAGGUCAUUGACAAGAGCAAGCGAGACCCCUCGGAAGAGAUUGAAAUUCUUCUGCGGUACGGGCAGCACCCCAACAUCAUCACUCUGAAAGAUGUGUAUGAUGACGGCAAACACGUGUACCUGGUGACAGAGCUGAUGCGGGGAGGGGAGCUGCUGGAUAAGAUCCUACGGCAGAAGUUCUUCUCGGAACGCGAGGCCAGCUUCGUCCUGCACACCAUCAGCAAGACCGUGGAGUAUCUGCACUCCCAGGGGGUCGUGCACAGGGACCUCAAGCCCAGCAACAUCCUUUACGUGGACGAGAGUGGGAAUCCCGAGUGCCUGCGCAUCUGUGACUUUGGCUUCGCCAAGCAGCUGCGGGCUGAGAACGGGCUCCUCAUGACACCUUGCUACACCGCCAACUUCGUGGCACCCGAGGUCCUGAAGCGCCAGGGCUAUGAUGAAGGUUGCGACAUUUGGAGCCUGGGCAUUCUGCUGUACACCAUGCUGGCGGGAUACACUCCAUUUGCCAAUGGACCCAGUGACACGCCAGAGGAAAUCCUGACCCGGAUCGGCAGUGGCAAGUUCACUCUCAGCGGGGGAAACUGGAACGCGGUUUCGGACACAGCCAAGGACCUGGUGUCCAAGAUGCUGCACGUGGACCCCCACCAGCGCCUCACAGCCAAGCAGGUCCUGCAGCACCCGUGGAUCACCCAGAAAGACAAGCUUCCGCAGAGCCAGCUGUCACACCAGGACCUGCAGCUUGUGAAGGGAGCCAUGGCAGCUACCUACUCAGCGCUCAACAGCUCCAAGCCCACCCCUCAGCUGAAGCCCAUCGAGUCGUCUAUCCUGGCCCAGCGGCGGGUGAGGAAGCUGCCGUCCACCACCCUGUGAGGGUCCCGAGCAUCCAGGCCGCAGGGCGGUGCUAGCUGGAGCCAGCGUGCUUCCCAGAGGAAGCAGGCCUGAAUCCCAGGGCCAGAGGGAGCGGAGCCCCGAGGGGCCCAAGAAGCAGCCAGCCCGGAUCACCCCAGGGAGGGUGUGAGAAGUGCCUUCUCCUUCCCCAGGACGGACUCUUCUCGGCUCAGGCUCUGCUGGUUGAAAUCGAUUCACUGUACAAACUCUAUCUAUUUUUAAGGACAAAGUGGCAUCAACCACCAUGGAUUUCUACAAGAUCCAUUUGCCUUUCUGGGAGCAGAAGUAGCCAGUGGAGCCCCAGGAGGGCGCUGAGUCACACAAGGAUGCUAUGUGGCUGAGACCCCUUAGAGCAGCUUUAGGAUUCUCCCAGGGGGACCCCCACGAUUGGCCGUCUGUAGCCAUCUGCACCCACCUCCAAGGCAG